UCCUGUGUAUGGGAGGAGAUCUCUUCUCGGGCCCCCAGCACAUCCCUGCUCUCCCCGCCCCGUCCUCCCUCCUCCUUCUCUACUAUCAUAAUAGAGGAAGCGGGCGGGGGAUAGCAUGGCUGAACGGCUUAUCAGCUCCUUCGGGAACCUGAGCCUAGACGGGCCGCCUCGGCCCCGCUAUAGACAGAGACCACCCGACAGACACCCCGCCCCACAGCGCCCCCCUCCGUCCAGGUUCAGCAAACACAUCUACCUCCUGAGGGGGCUGCCGGGCUCCGGGAAGAGCAGUCUGGCCAGGAAGCUGAAGAGAAAUUUCCCCAGUGCUGUUGUGCUUAGUACAGACGACUAUUUCCUAAUGGAAGACGGAACCUACAUAUACAAUCCAGAUCUACUACAAGAUGCACACCGGUGGAAUCAGAGGAGAGCACGCAAGGCAAUGACCAAGGGAAGGACUCCAAUUGUCAUCGAUAAUACCAACAUCCGGGCCUGGCACAUGAAGCCGUAUGCGGUUAUGGCACUGGAGAAUGCAUAUCAGGUCAUAUUUCUGGAGCCUGACACACACUGGAAGUUCAAUGUCAAGGAGUUAACAAGGAGGAAUAGCCAUGGCGUUCCCAGGGGGAAGAUCCAACGGAUGAAAGAUGUCUAUGAGUACAAUGUCACUUUCCGGAGCGUCCUGCAUGCAGAGAAGCCAUCUUAAACUGGAAAAUGCUGCUGACAGGAGGAACAACUCCCCCAGAGGGAGGUCUAUAGGCCAGAGAACUUUAUAGGUGUGGAGUAACUACAAAUCCCAGCAUCCCUGAGAGUCUUACACAGUGAUGUCCUUCAAAAGGUAACAUCCAAAUGGCAUUCUUCAUGCAGGGUACAACGUAUUGAGAAAGGUGUAGCAUGAGCACUGUGCUGGUUAAAGGGGUUCUGGCCACGUGUAAGCAGGACGUUGCUGCAAAUAUUCCCUGAGAAAGAAAAGAUUUUCAUAUUGAAUUCAAGUAACUUAAAUUUGGGGGCUGCCACCGCAGAACUCUUCUGUAAAAUAUUUGCUGAACCUCGUUUCAAUAUGUUAAAGCGGGUACACAAGUUCCUCCCCUUCACAGCCUCGUGGAACACAUGACAGGUCCCAGAAGACUGCAGGACUAUUCACAAGGUGUGGAGAGGCUCAUGCAGGUUUCCCAUAGUUAAGAUGGUGGUG